CGGAGGAUGCGUCAGCGACGUCAUCGGAACAGCGUCCCAGAAGACCCGGAGUAGUCCACUUCGCCCCCGUGGCUCCCACUGUCGUGCUGCUUCCCCUGAGUCCCGAAGGCGCCAGCAGUCCGCGAAAGAAGUCGGCCACCCUGGGGAACUUUUUGGACACCCACGAGACCAGCUGGAAGUUCACGCCGGGACAUCGGGGUGUGACCUCCACUGGAGCCACGGCUGGAGAUCAAGCAAUGGCGCCCGGUAUGCCGCGCAAGGACAGCAAGGAAGAAUUGAUGACGUCAUCUUCCGACACCGAUGAUUUCGAAGAGCUCCCACCACCGCCACAGACGGAAUGUGGCACCGAGGACUCCACAGAUUCCAACGAAAACAUCUACGAAAGCAGUCGGACCGUUGCGCACACCGAUAGAGGGUCAACCGUCGCCGAUAGAUGGCCAGCGGUCCCCGCAAAUAAGCGUGGCGACCCUGUCACUUGUGCGACCACACAAGACCAAGAAGUUUGCCCGUUCUCUACAGGAGGCACUAACUGCCCAUUUGGAUGCGUCCAAAGCAAAAAUGGUAGAGCUCCAGGAAGAAGGGAAAAAUGCCAUCGACACGCCAGGAAGUCCAACACUUCCGGAACUGCCGCCGCAGGAUUAUGUCCUCGACGAAAUGGAAGAAAGGGCCAUGAUUGAGCCAUCAUCUUACGAAGACCCAAAGUUUAAGGAACUGAUAGCCGUACUCAUUGAAUGGAUCAACGAUGAACUGGCCAGCCAUCGAAUAAUUGUGAAGGAUAUCGAAGAAGAUCUCUUUGAUGGACAAGUGUUACAAAAACUUCUUGAAAAGCUGAGUGGAAAGAAACUCGAUGUGGUUGAGGUGACCCAGUCUGAAGAAGGUCAAAAACAGAAAUUGAAGACUGUUGUGGACUGUGCAAACCAGGUACUUGGACUUCCAAAGUGGGGCCAAUACAAGUGGAGUGUAGAAAGCAUUCACCAGAAGAAUGUGGUAUCCAUCAUUCACCUGUUAGUUGCUCUAGCUCGACACUUUCGAGCACCAGUGAGGCUGCCGGAAAAUGUGGUGGUAAACGUUGUCGUUGUUCAGAAACGGAAUGGAAUCCUGCACCCAAGAACUGUUCAGGAAGAGCUGACAUCUACAUAUGAUGACCUUGGCAUGCGAGUUGAACGAGAUGCAUUUGAUACAUUGUUUGACCAUGCUCCUGACAAACUGCAAGUUGUGAAAAAGUCACUCAUGAGCUUUGUGAACAAGCACCUUAACAAGAUCAACCUUGAGGUCUCGGAUUUGGACACACAGUUUCAGGAUGGAAUCUACCUGGUUCUUCUCAUGGGCCUUGUGGAAGGGUACUUCGUACCCCUCUACUCGUUUUUCCCAACACCGUCAACAUUUGACCAGAAAGUCCACAAUGUGUCGUUUUCGUUUACUCUUAUGACUGAUGCCGGCUUGCCGAAACCCAAGGCAAGACCAGAAGGUGAGUCUUGUAGAUGUUUCACAGCGUAACAAGUUACUCGAUGC